GAAGUUGCAAAGAGCUGGAACACGAAGUGCAAUGCCCUGUACGGAGAGACAUACACAAGGACGGAGUGCUGGUGCAUAGCGUGGCAGAUUUCAAGGACCCGGGCGUAAUGUACGACUUCUCUCCAGGAGAGCGCGGCUGCGCCCACUCCCACUACCGCAUGUGGCAGCGGGCCGUGGACGCCCCCGGGCCGCUGCUGGUGCUGGAGGAGAUGAUGUCCAGCUUAUCUUCAAGCGCACCAAGGGCGGCAAGGCCAACGGGAAGGUCUUCACGCAGCGGCUGA